AACACAUCCUAAAGAAAUGAAAGAAAGAGGUCAUCUCUUCUUUCUGUAAUCAAAUAGCAUGCCAUAAAGGGGAUUUAAGGGUAAAAAGCUCAAGUGCCCAGAGAUGGAGAGGAGCGAGUACUAUCCAGAAGCACAUGAAGCCAUAUCUGGAAACGUUAACUGUCCACAGCUGACACAAACUGCAAGGAAGAAGAAGAACAAGGUGAGGAACAAGAGGAGGUUUAGUGAUGAGCAGAUCAGAUCACUGGAGUCCAUUUUUGAAUCAGAAACAAGGCUUGAACCAAGAAAGAAACUGCAAGUGGCUGUAGAGCUCGGGCUGCAGCCUCGCCAAGUAGCAAUAUGGUUUCAGAACAAGAGAGCUAGAUGGAAGUCGAAACAGAUAGAGCAAGAAUACAGAAUACUAAAAGCUAAUUAUGACAGCUUAGCAUCACAGUUUGAGUCCUUAAAGAAAGAGAAACAGUCAUUACUUGUGCAGUUGCAGAUGCUGAGUGAAAUGGUUGCAGAACCAGGUGUAAAUAGAGAACGAGAGAUUUCCAAAGGAAGCAACAGAGAUAUUGGUUCAGAAAAUGGAGAUGACAACUGCAAAGCUGAUGCAAACCCAAGUAUCCAGCAUGUAGGAGUGGAGAAAGGGGAAUACCUUGGAUCACAAAUUGAAGAUGUUAGAGAUCUUGAGCAUGGAGGACAUGAAGCACAAGAACUUCAAAGCAUGGGUGAAUACACAGAUGGUUCAUUAACAUUACCUGAAAAAUGGUAUGGUUUUGAUGCAGGUGGCAUGAUUGAUCAGUCAUACAACAGUUCAUCAAAUUGGCUGAACUUCUGGAUUUAAGAAGCCACACCUACAAUGGAUGUUUGCUUGAAGAGUUUUCCUUAAGUGUUGAUCAACUCAGUCCUUCAAAGGGAGCAUGUGAGAAGCAAUAAUAUGACGAGGGGAGGCUCCAUCACUCCCUGAUUAAAAUGAUGAACAACUGGAAAGAAAAAUGGAGAAAGCACAGAAACUGGCAUAUGGCUGUCAUCAAAAUAACAUAGGAACAAGAGAACAAGAAAUGUCUCAGCCUAAACCUCUGUUAUUUUCCAAGAAUAUGAGCUUGUAUAGUGUGUGACAAGAUGCUAGACAUUUUAAAGUAGUUCAAAUGUUCUAUUGUGGAACCGAUAUCCAUCUCCAUUUCAUUUGCUUU